AUUGGUAGGCACCAGCCGAGUCAAAAUCCCUCCCUCAAAGCCCCCACCUUUCCAUUUAAUAACGCCAGCAAAUCAGAUAAAUCUUCUGAACUGGGUGGGAACUCAGUCUCUCCCCUUUCUCUGUUAUCUCGCCACAUCAUCGUCUGUUCUUCUCCUUCUCUCUCUGAUCAAUCCAUUUAAACCUUUAUAAACCUUACCCCCACGCGACUCCGCUGCUCCAAAGUCUCUCUACCUCAUUAAUCGGCCAAAAAUCUGAUAUUUCUGUUACCAGAACCAACUAAUUUUACUUCAAAUCUGCAAGUUAUCCCCUUCUUCUUUCUUAAUUUCUAAUCACAACGAAUCAAUCUGCACCAACCUCCAUGUCUUCUUCAAGCAAAAGAUUCUUACUACGCCACCCUACAGUCGUCGACACCGGCUGUAGCUGCCGGAGUUCAAAGCUCUCGUCUUUCUUCUCUUUAUCCUCCUCCUCACAGAAACACAUGUCCCUCAAAACGCCAUUUUUCUCCCCCUCUUCUGCCACCACAACGACCUCUCAAUCCGAUUUCAGCCACGACGCUCCCACCACACAUCGAUCCUCUUCCUUCGAUGACUCUCAGUCAUCCUCUCCGUCGCCGACGAACUUUCCGGCGGACUAUCUUAGAGAGAAGAAACGGGGAUUGAAGAAGAAGGGCGUGAUGGAGCAGAGCGUGGCGGUUGUCAAAGAGUCCUGGAAUCCUUAUCUUGAUUUCCGUGCAUCUAUGAUGGUGAUGAUUGUGGAGAAUGAGAUUUACGCUUGGGAUAAUCUCUGUGACCUCCUCAACCAAUUUCUCUCACUUAAUUCUCCUGAUCAGCACCGUCACAUCCUCCGCGCCUUCGCCGAGAUCUGGAAUGAAGUUUUUUCUCCGUCAGCCGCCGGCGGCGGGAGCGGGCCAUCUGCCUAGCCGGUGGGAAUGAGGAUUACCGGAAGGAAGGGUGCAGAGAGUUAGAGCCGUUAACGGAACUGUCGUUUGAUCCGAAUGACGUCAGCAGGUAAAAUAGAUGGAUUCCUGAUGGAGAAUUUCUAUUAUUGCGCGAAUCUCUCUCAAGAAAUUUUAUUUCUUUUUAGGGAAAUUGGAGAACUUGAUUUUCUUUUUAUAAAUUUAUUUUACCAAAUAGGUCUUGAGAAUAUACAUUUUUAU